CGCCUUCAUUACUCGUAAAUAAUUUGCAUAGCCAAAUCUGUGUGCACUGUGCAACAGAGAAAUUCCCCUUUCCCCUCGUUUUAUAAAAAGGCUUGCUCGUAAAUCAAUCAAAAAAACUUACUCCUCUUUUUCUCUCUGUGGAUUUUCCUCGAACAGAUAAGGUGCCUUUUAAGAUCCAUGUCUCUCUCUCUCAUUUUAGAUUUUGGUUUCUCGCUUUCAUCGAUUUAGGCAUUUUGAUUUCUGGGUUUUGAGCUGGUAUUUUGUUCUUGUUAUCAUUCAGAUUUUUUUGUGUGUGGUUUCACGUUUUAAAGUUUGGAUCUUUUUUGGGCUUUUAGUUAUUGCGGUGGAACCCUUUAUUUUCGUUUCAUUCCUGGAUGAUUUUUCACUCGAAUAUAAAAGAUUGCGAUCUAGUUUUAAAAAAUUUGUUCUUUUAACUUGAAAGCAAUGGAUAUCCAAUUUUUCAAUUAGUGAAUGACUCUAGAGAAUCACGUCUUCUUGAUGUUUUUGGAGGGUCCUUUUGUGGUUAGAGCAAAUCCUUAGUGUAUUUAACUGGGUAUUUGUCUUCUUUCUUCUUUCCUGAUUGAUUGGUUAGUAGUUUUGUGUGCGAUUUUGAUUUCUGUUGUUACGGAGCUAUGAUUCGGCUAUUUAAAGUGAAGGAAAAGCAGAGAGAACUUGCUGAAAAUGCUAAUGGUGGCGUGCCGAUCAAGAAGCAAAGUGCUGGAGAAUUGCGUCUUCAUAAAGAUAUUUCUGAGCUGAACUUACCUAAAUCAUGCACCAUGACGUUCCCCAAUGGCAAGGAUGACCUUAUGAGCUUUGAGGUUUCUAUCCGGCCAGAUGAAGGAUAUUAUUUAGGUGGAACGUUUUUGUUCUCUUUCCAAGUUUCCCCAAUCUACCCACACGAAGCACCAAAAGUUAAAUGCAAAACCAAGGUCUACCAUCCAAACAUCGACUUGGAAGGAAAUGUCUGUCUCAAUAUCUUGCGAGAAGAUUGGAAACCUGUCCUCAAUAUAAACACCAUCAUUUAUGGAUUAUAUCAUCUCUUCACGGAACCAAAUUACGAGGAUCCCCUUAAUCAUGAUGCUGCAGCAGUGUUGAGGGACAACCCAAAGAUGUUUGAAUCUAAUGUGAGAAGGGCUAUGACUGGCGGGUAUGUGGGGCAAUCCUUCUUUCCACGGUGUAUUUAGGUUCUAUGUGGUGGUACAUAGUGCCAAUUCAAAUGUGUUAUCAAUGCUUGAAUGCCCGUGGUUGUAAAAUUUAUUUUCAAAUUACGUUGUCAUCCUUUUUGAUUCUCUGGGUGGAGCUGGGGGCCUUAGUUCCUAGGAUUACCAUGCAACUGAAAACACAAACAUAAUCUGUAUGCUAUUGUAACUCUUGGAUGCAAUUUGUAUGUCGACUUGUUAUAUUAUUUAUUUCAAUGUGGAGUGAGGUUAGACAAGAA